AUGCGAAGCGUGGACUCAGGAGGAGAUGCUAUCUACUUUUACAGCUGUGGGAGUAGUCAAAAGGACGAUGAAGGGUCUUUUCUACUGGGGCUCAAGAUUUUUCGUUCGGUGUCGUCUCACGUAGACAGAGUCUCUCACUUGGAAUUGAUGAGCCUGAGUCAGGGUGACGAGCUCUGCCCGCUGCGCAGAAGUGCCCGUUGGGAGUCCGCUGGCCCAUACAACUCGGUCAUCAUCUACUACUGCAGCUCUUGCCAUUUUCUUACUUCUUAUGAUGUGGUUGUCGAAUUACGCUUUCCAGCGCAUGAGGAGCAACUACAACCUGCUGAACCCACUCGAAGACUGAAGCUGUCUGGACUCAAACACUCCUAUCACCCUUGCCAGGCCCAGGUCCACUCUGUGGGUACCAGUCAAGAAGCCAUCGGGGCCUACCAGCUUGUUCAAGGCCUGCGGAUAAUCAAUGAGGUUCCCCUGGACACCUCCCACUUUACAGUUUUAGACCUUAAGGAUGCAUUCUUCACCAUCCCUCUACACCCCAAUUCCCAGUUACUGGUUGCCUUUACCUGGGAGGACCCAGACACUUGCAGAACUAGACAACUAACUUGGACGGUCCUCCCUCAAGACUUCAGGGACAGUCCUCACCUCUUCGGACAGGCACUGGCAGAAGAUCUGUCCUAUCAUGACAUGGGAGUCAGCACUCUCCUCCAUUCAUCUGCCACGCCCAGCCACUCCUGCACUGAGCUGGUGGAAACCCUUCGACUCCCACACGAGGGUCUCCAGGACACGCCUCUCACUGAACCAGACUUAACUCUGUUCAUGGAUGGAAACUCAGUCAGGGAUUCAAAUGGAUGCCGGUGGGCAAGCUAUGCAGUAGUUUCCUCCUCCUCAGAAACAGUGGAGGCGGCUCCCCUGCUGAUGGGGACCACCUCUGAAAAGGCAGAACUAGUAGCCCUCACCCGAGCCUUACAGUUGAUGGCGGGCUUUAGGCUUCCCACAUCUCAAUGGACUGAAUAUAACAAACCCUAUACAUUAACAGUGCAUGUGAAGAGGCAGAUUCCUCCUGAUGUGCCAAAGACACAGAAGAGCCUUAAAGGGACCCUCAUGCAUCCAGAGCCCACUGGGGCAGCCAGAAGAGUUCCUGCAGGAGUUGAGAUGAUUAAUAGUAAAGUGGGGAGUGAAUCCUCUCAUGUGUGUGAUGAUUCUCAAAAACAAGAGAAGGACAUAAAUUGUAACCAACAAGAGCAAGAAAAUGUUGCUAUGAGGAAAAAACACAAAAGCCAGCAGGCUGGCCCUUCACACAUGCAAAAUUGUGUUAAAGAGAACCAGGGAAUAUCAGGAUUGAGGCAACACCUAGAAACACCAAGCGAUGAAGAUAAUGAUUCCUUUCAGACAUGUCUUUCUUCUUCAUGUGGUCCUCAUUUUGGGGAUUCUGAUACUGUGACAUCGGAUGAGGAUAAAGAUGUCACUGCAAGACAUUCCCAGGGAAUAUUGAAUGCUCAAAGUAGAACUCAUAGUGCACGAUGCCAAAAGUGGCCUCGCACUGAGACCGAAUCAGUCUCAGGACUGUUAAUGGAAAGACCCUGUUUUCAUGGCAGUUCAUUAAGGAAACUUCCAUGCAGAAAGAGGUUUGUAAAAAAGAAUUCCUCACAGAGGACACAGAAACAAAAAAAGAGGAUGUUAAUGCAGAGGAAGAAACAAGAAGUGCCAGCUCGCAGAAAAUAUGCACUGCUCCCUAGUUCCAGUAGUUCCAGUGAGAGUGAGCUCAGGAACGAAUCCUCUCCUCACCCAUCACCUGCAGGAGAGGAAGAUGUGUUUGUUUCUGCUGCUGAAAACCACCAAAACAAUCCACCUCUUCCUUCAGGACCUAUCAAUGAAAUUGAGGAAGAUGUGGUGGUUUCAGAAGCUCCCUCCACUCCCCAGGUCACUGCCUAUGCAGAAAUUGAUGUUACCUUGACUGACAGUGAGGUGGAGACCAUGAUAGCUGGAGAAAGUGAUCAGUCUCCUUCAACCCUUGGACACUCCAGAUAACCCUGGAGCCAAACUUCAAGCCUCCAUACAAGUCGGCCACAGGAGCCAAGCACCUACAGCAGGAUUUCUACUGUGAUGCAGCCUUUGAUGCAGAAUGCAGCAGAAGUUGUGGACCUCACUGUUGAUGAUGAUGAAGACGAACUUACUGUAGUACCACUCACUUGUUCAAGAAUGGAAUCUCAGACCAUAAGCACUUGCAUUCACAACAAUUCAGAUUCAUCUGCCUCUGAGCAGGCCUCUGAUAUGGCUUCAACUGUCACUAGUAGUCAAGCCUCCACAGUGUCAGAGAUGUUAGCUCCUCUUACAAGCAAUAAUAUUACUGGUACUUCUAUAGGAGAUAUGCUUAAAAAAACAGGCUGGGGAGAGGGAUUUUUCAUUACUUUUGUUAGAAAAAGUAUUGUUUUAAGGAUUUUAGCUAUGUUAGCAAAAGUGUAA